GUGUAGAGUCUGCAGGCGGUUCUCUCCGCUGUUACUAAAUCAACCGCUUCACAGAAACAAUGAGAUCCUUGAGCUCGGUUGUGGGUGGAAUGUGUCGGUGCUCCUGAGCUCCCCGUGAAGUCACACAUCGGGACGGGGCGGCACUGGACUGAGUGCAUUGGCUUCCAGUUUGCUAGAAAGUCUCACUGCAAGAUUUUAUUUAAUUGCCACCCGCUGGAUUUGUUUUUUUCCCCUAAUCCCACUGCAUCUCAAAUACAGAUAGGUGGACUGGAGUUGACUGGGGCAGAUUGUGGGCAAGCGGCGAUGGUUGGCAGCCUAAAUCUCCAGGAGGUAACUGGUCCCUUGGUGGAGCCGAAGCGGCUGGGGGAAAGAGUGCUGGACAGUCCCGAUUCGGGACUGCCCCCGAGUCCUAGCCCUACGCCCAGUGUGUGGCUCCCGUCCCCGGGGAGUUUGGCGGAGAACCGGCUACUGGAACAGGAAGACCACGGCUUUCCGUCCAGAGGGCAUCCCCGAGCCUCGGACCCUUUGGUUACUUCCCCUUUCCAGAUUGCUGGCCUUGGACCGAGACUUCACCCACUAUCGUUUGGAGAAGGAGUUGAAGUUGAUCCUCUGCCACCAAAGGAGAUCAGGUACACUUCCUCUGUGAAGUAUGACUCAGACCGGCAUUACAUCAACAACGUGUUCCUGCAGCACACCUUGGGCGUUGGCUCCUGCAGCCAGACAGUCAUCUGUGUUCCCGACUGCACGUGGCGGAACUACAAGACGGAGCUGAAGUUUGAGCUUCAACACAAACCACUGCGAUUCCUUAGUGCAGUCAUCGUGUACCCGAAGUAUGCAAAGACUGUCUACACCACCACUGUGGAUUACAACUGCAGGAAGGCAGCACGGAGGUUUUUGUCCAGUGUGGAACUUGAAGUGACAGACUGCAGUAGCAGUUAAAUGGCGCUCCCCAGUGAUGUUUUCUUCCACAAAUCCAGUUGUUCUCUUGACUGUCAAAUUGCUUCUGAACUAUGGUGGCUUCUGAACUUGUUCAAAACUGCAUUUCUUUCCCCCUUGCAUCUUAGUCUCCUAAUUAUUUUUAAUCACAAAGUUUAGGAAUUCCUUUAGAAAUUUUAAUGCUAUUAUGUGUAUAAGGUAGGACUAGGUUAAGGAAACAUUGUGCAAGAAUCCAUUUGAUUUUUAUUCAUUUUAAUAUGUUCGGACUAAUGAUUAGGUGGGGGGGGGUGGGGGAAGGGUGGUUGAGUUGGAAGCAAUUGGCCACUGAGCCCAGGUUUCAGUCUGUGUGGGGAUAGAGAUGCUCAACAUGAGGUCCUAUUGGGGAAAGGAGGAGUACACUGGCAAACAUGGUUGCUGUGUCCAGCCCAUUGCAGAAACGGGAGUUGCUCUGAGUUUGGGUCCCAGGGGCUGGAGUCAAAGGGACAACUGCAAUAAAAUUCCACUGCGCAUGUUGGACUUUUGUUAUAAAUGUGAAAAUAAUUUAGCGCAGUUAAUAUUACUCCUGCAUUUAAUACACAAGUUAUUGUGUUUUGAAGGACUUGGUCAAAUUACCAUCCAUUAUGGAGGGUUUGGUGGGGGGGAGAAAAACCUGAGGUUUGAAAUUCUAGGUUUGCACCAUCCUGCACCAAAUGGUGGCAUUGGGUUUUAACGUGAUCUCUUCUAGGUGUCUUAAUGUGAUCCCUCAAGUAAGAGUCUGUGUUGAAAGUGUAACCACAUGGUGGAUGACAUUACUAAAGGCACCUGCUCCAAUCUGGAUUAAAGAAUUCCAUUAAAACCUAAAGAUUAGAGCAGUUCCAAAUGUAAUGGUGCCUGUUAUCCUCAUUGCCCUGUGAAAGAUAUUUAAUUUACUGUCUUAUGGGAUGUUGCUUCAGGGUUCAACAUUCAGGGUUUGUUGAUGCAUAUAGCACCAUCUCUGCUGUUUCCACUAAAAGCAGCUCUCAACACUAUGGAAACCAUGUGUGUGUUGUUUUCAAUGACUAGAGAUUUGCUGUCCUGAAAAGUGAAUGAGACAAAAUGUAUUUUAAAAAGCCUGUUGCUACCCUGCCAUAAUGUUGGAAGCAGGAAUCUUGUCUGUUAAUUCACCCAUCUAACCCAUUUGUGGAUAGAUGCUCUUUGCCUAACCUGUCCCUAAUUUCAACCUUCAGCACUUCUGUUGUGGCUUAUUUCCUUCUGAGCAUUUUGACUCAUUAUAUGUAAAUAUCGGAGAGUGAACCAAGACCUGUAAAUGCCAUGCAACUCUGGUAAUUUUAAGAACGUUUCUUCUGUGUAAUUAGUUGCUGAAAACCCAAUAUUGAGGAUGUAAUCCAAUCAGAACUGGGAUCUACCAACUUAAUUGCAUUUACAACCUAUCCAAUACUGGGUGUGGUUGGUGCAAGGUUGUGUUGAGGGGUGAAAAGGUUGGGGAGGGGGGAGAAAGAGGGGAAGAAUACUGAUGGAUGGUUUGGAUCUGAUGGUGGGUAGGAAAGAGGAGACAACAUGCUAGAAAUCUGAAACAAUUGCUGGAAAUACUCACAGAUCACGUAGAAUCUGUGGGGAGAAAAGCAUUUUGGGGUUGAUGACCUUUCAGAAGGUAGAUGGUGAAAGUACUGUUUGAAAUGCAGAAUAAUUUAGUCAGGUACAAUGGAAAGUUUGAAGUAAGUAAGCCAAAGGUUUGUUGGUCUGGAUUACUGUUGUGUUGAUGUCUUGAUCUCACAGCUCCUUUUCAAGACGUUGAUAAUGGCAUGAAGGGAAAAGGGAAUUUGUCGCCAGCCAUUUGCAACAGACACUGUUGCAACAAAUAGUGUUUUCCACAUUUCACAGCAAGCUGCGUUGGUUGGGGUAGGGAAAGGUCGGGAUGAGUUGGCCACUUUAAAGUGCUUAAGCACUUCAUUGUACAGGAGGGUACUGGUGAAACAGCUUCCCAAUUGUUUGGGUUUUUUUUGCAUGGGAUUAAAAAGACCAAAAAGGGGAGAAUUCUCUUAUAAAGCACUUGUUUAGAAUGUGGUUCAACAAAUGUUUGCACAAAAAUUCCAACUCGGCCCAAGCAGUUUUCAAAACCUGUAUAGGUCUUGUGUACAUAUGUGUAUAGCUGGCUCAAUAAAUAUGGAAUAUUUUAA